GAAUUUAGUUUCAGGGCCUGCCAACAUGUAUUUGUAAAAUUUCUUCAAUAUUAAUCGUCACGUUGACUUUCUAUCCAAGCCGUGCAAUGUACUCAAGUCUCAAAAUCCUUUGUUAAAAUUUCUUUUAUUUUUUUAGAUGAAAUCGAUUGGCACUAUAAACAAAAUAAGUUUAUAUACAGUUUGCAGAAUUUUAUAGCGUGGAUAAUAGAAUAAAUGGAUAAUGAGUGACUCAGAUGAUACAGAUGAUUUACUAUUGAUACCGCCAGAUUUUUUUAUCGUUUCUUCAUUAGACUCAGAUGAUCGCUCAGAGUAUUCGAGCUAUAGAGAACAUAAGACCGGUGUUGUGUCUGAACUUAUUGAUCAUAUGCAAUCGUUAGAAUCUAGAAUAUUUGCAAUUGAAUCAAAAGAAUCCUCCGAUACUUCUUUAAACUGCAGUAGACGCUUAUCUUUCGAUUCGGUUAUGAGUUUUAGGCAAACAUUACCAAGGACGAUAUCCUCUGUAAGUCAAACAUCCAACAUACAGAACACUCCUACUAAAUACUUCCAGUGCUCAUCUUUACCAUCAACCCCUAGCGUUCGACAACAGCCAUAUCAUACUAACGAAAUGCAUCAUUCUAUAAAAUUACAUGGAAAUUCCAUAACAAAUAAUGUGCCUACAAAUUCUAAUGUACAAAACAAGCAUGAUAACUCAAAAUUACUUUCAGAGCCUACAUCAUCGCAACCUGCUUCUCAAAAUAAAAAUAACUUGCAUGUUGGUACUGGGUUUUCUGAUAAAGAAUCAUCCUCAAUGCUAUUAUCUCCAUUAAACGAAUGUGGAAAUGUAAAACACCAUAAUGUUUAUAGUUCUUUACCUUUAUUAAAUUCCUUUAGUGCAACGGCAGAUCAUUUUCAUACAGACGCAAAACCAAUUUCGAAUAUGAGUCUCUCUGAAGUGGACGAAUUUCUACAAGAAGUAGAUAAUAAUGACAAAGGUCUAAUGGCUAAAAAUGGUAACUGUAAUGGACAACCGCUACAAAUAGAUUCAAAAAGUUUAUCCAAUAGAAAUUAUUUUAUCGAAAGAGACGAUCGAGAUAAAAGAAAGACAAUGGAGCAGAAAUUAAAAUUUAGCGUCAAUGAUUAUCAAUCUGACGGUGAAAAAAGAAAGGAUGUAACCGAUUGUUCAUUGUUCAAUGAUACUUCCUUCUCUUCUUUUGAUACAGAAAAAUUUAUGACUGAAUUUAAAGCAUGGUCUCCGACGUUAGAAUUAAGCGACAGUAAAAUUAGCAUUACUGAAUUAAAAAAUUAUGAUGAAAUGGACAAAUUGAGUAAUGCUCAGCAAAAAAAGUCAGACUAUAUCUGUAAUAAUACCGACUUUUCUUUGGAAAACAAAACGGAGAGUCUUCACCAAUAUUUGGAUGCGAAUUUAAUUUCCAGGUGUGCCGAUGAGUUUACAAAAUCGGAAACAUUCUCAACUAUUUCUGCACAGCAAAUUAGUCAAAAUAUUUCAGAUAGUAAGAGUCUCCCAAGUAUUUUUAAGACACCAAGUAAUGUAUCUAUAUCGAAACCAGCGGAGGCUCUAGUUAAGAAACCAGAAAUUUCAAAUAAUGGAAUUAAUGGAAAUUAUUCUGUGGAACAAAGCGCUAAUAUUAUCAAUAGUAUAGAUGCUCGCAAUCAAAGGCCACAACGCCUAUUAACUCUUUCAGAUUUAUGGAAUAACGAUUCUAGUAAGUCAUUGGAAGAACAACUGCGAAUCAAACUGGAAGAAGAAAGAGUUAGAAGAGAGCAUUGUGAGAAAUUAAUUCAAGAAUUACAAAAAAAAUUGUUAGAACAACAAGAGAAAAUAGCCGUUGCUGUUCGCUUAGAUAAUGAAAAAAAUUCAAUUAUUUGUCAAUUUCAAGUGUCAUGGAAGAAAACAAAGCAAAGAUUGUGUGAGCUCGAAUCAGAGAGAGAAACUCUCGAUAAAUUAUUAAAAACCAUAUCGGACAAGCAUCAAUCAGAAGUCAAUAGUUGUCAAGAGCAAAUUAAAAGCUAUAAAGAAGAAUUAUCAAAAGCUUUAAAUUUAGCUACUGGUUAUAAAGAAAAGAGCGAUUCUCUUAUCAAAGAAAAAGUGGAUAUGUUAAAUAGUCAUGCAAAUGAAUUGCAGAAUUACAAAUCACUGGUGCAGCAGGCAGAGACAAGGUAUGAAGAAAUGAAAGUGGAAUGUCAGAAAUUAUUUGACAAGAAUCAGCAAACGGACGAGACUUUGAAAGUUACUCAGCAAGACCUCACUAAGGAACUAUUAAAAAGUAACGAGGUGAGGAAUGAAAUGACAGUUAUACACAAGGCACUAGAUGCUUGUGAGACGGAAUUAAUUAUUUUACGCCAAGAGAAAGAGAAUUUACAGCUUAAAUUAAAAGAAGAAGGUAACAGGAACAAUAUCCUUGAGCAAUCGAAAGCAUCCUUAAUUAUAGGCAUUAAUGAAGCAAAGGAAUCAGAGAAAUUAGCGAAAAAUGAAAUUAAAUCACUUAGUGAUCAACACGAAAAAUUAAGAGUCGAACUUCGAGAUGUUUAUCAAAAGCAAGUUGAUGAAGUUGUGAAAGCAAAACUUCAAGAAUUCCAAACUCAAUUAGAUUCAGCUGAAAUGAUUUUUCAAAAUGAAAUUGAAACUAAACAAUUAGCUAUAGCUGAAUGCGCAGCACGCAAAAUAAAAAGUGUCAUCGAUAAGCAUAAGCUUGAAAUAAACCUAAUCGAGGAAAAACAUAUAGAGGAAAAAAAAUUAUUUGAAAUAAAGGCAGCUCAAGCUACACAGAGAGCUGCGAUGCUAGAAGCUCAAUUAAGCAGCAAUCAAAAAAGUAAAAGCCAAUUGGUUGAACAAUUACAUUCUAUGUUGCAAAAGCAGUGGCAGCAGGCACUUUUAAUAAUUUCAGGUGGUAAUGGGGAAAACAUGUCGUCGAUAAAAAAGCUUAAUGUUGAUAAAUUAUUUACGUUGUCAAAUGAAAAAAAUCUUGAUUUGAUGCCAAGUCACUGUAGUCCAUUAUUACACUCUGAACCAAUGAAACUUGAUACUCGAAAGAAUUCAGGUCUACAAAAUAUACAAAAUCAAGAACAUCAGAAUGAAAAUUUGGCUACUUUAAUUUCACACGAUGAAACUCCAGUAAGUAGCAGAAAAGAAACAACGAGCGAUCUUAGGAAAUACAUAAAAAUGAUAUUGGAUAUGCAACAAGCAAAAGAAGAUUAUACGAAACCGAAAUUUUUCAACGGUAGUCCACCAACGAAUAAAGAAUCGUCUGAGAAACAAUCAUCGACAAAAGAUAUUAGUACAUCUAACGAAGGUAGUUCUACAUGGCAACCCAUUUCUGAGAUAUCCGUCCACGAUACCAGUGAGUAUUUGAGCGUUCCACAAAAGUUUAAUUUUAAAAACGACCACAAACAAAAGCCACCAUGGAAAUGAUCCUAUUUGAACUUUAAAACUGACGACAGCACUGGUAUUGAUGAAAUUGAUAAUGUACAUUGAGAAAUAAUUUGAAAU